AUGCCAGUGAUUCGCAAGCUGGUGUGGAGCGAAAUCGCAGACGGACCACAGAUAGUCAUCAAAAGCCCGAUAAUUGGAGCUCCGAUGAACAGCAUGAGCCUACUUCCUUCGCUUGUGGCUCCGGGCGAUAUGGAUCUACAUAUUGUUCCUCACAAACUGAGUAUCACUCUCACGGCGAAUCCAGGAGACAUCCCUCACGCUCGCUCAGUGGUCGAUUCACAGUUGGUCACCGAAGAUCGACCCAUCAACCAGCAUCUCAUCGCUGCCGACCUGAACCCGCUCAUUUUAACCAAAGUGGUGGAAAUUAUAUGGAGAACAAAACUGACAGACAGCAUUUUCCGAACCAUCAUGUAG